AACCCCAUGAUUAAUCCUAACAGUCAUCAGACAACUUACCAUCAACAAAAUCCCGUGAUUAAUCCUAACAGUCAUCAGACAACUUACCAUCAACAAAACCCCGUGAUUAAUCCUAACAGUCAUCAGAUAGCUUACCAACAACAAAACCCCGUGAUUAAUCCUUACAAUCAUCAGAUAGCUUACCAUCAACGAAACCCCAUGAUUAAUCUUAACAGUCAACCCAUUAACAACAAUUGCUUCCCA